CGUCAAUUGUGGAAGCACAACACCAGCUCAAUCGUCGGAGUCUUGCCACAAAUGCAGCCGCUACGACGACGACGACAACAGUCUGCCAUUGCUGCGAGAACCAUCGUUGCUGCGCUGCUGGCUUGCGUGGCGGUGGUGGUGGUCAUGCUGGCUGAAGUGAGCUUGUCGGCGGUCGACAAUGCCAUUGCGCCGACUGGCACGUCCGACGCGCUCGAGCGAGACCGCGCUGCUCCCGACGCCAGCACUGCUGCUGCUGCUACUACUACUGCAACUGUUGCUGCUGCUGCUACUGCUCCGUCGACCGAGGGCAAGACGCGGCCGUCGCAGUUUGCCAACUGGGCGUUUGACGCUCACUCGCGAAUCACCGCCGACACGCUGCCCGUUCGCACGGUGGACGCGCGCGCCGCACAUGCGCCCAGCGACAUUCCCGAUGCAGUCUAUGUCGCUGGUGUCUCGCCUCAGCCGCUGGCGCAUCCGCGACUGGUCGCACUGUCCGAUCGCGCCGUCGAGAGCAUUCUCAAUCUCAAUCCCGCCGCCAUCCGCGCUGAGGCAGAUUCGGCCGCAGCAGCGUCUCUCUUUGAGCGUUUUGUCGGAGGGAGCUAUCUGCCUCGAAAUGCCCGGCCAAUGGCACACAACUACGCCGGACAUCAGUUUGGAUCAUGGGCUGGACAGCUGGGCGAUGGCCGCGCAAUCUUGCUUGGUGAAACCACUUCACGUUCUGGCCAGCACUGGGAGCUUCAACUCAAGGGCUCUGGUCGUACCCCAUUCUCGCGCGAUGGAGAUGGUCGAGCCGUCGUGCGCUCCUCUGUACGCGAACUGCUCGCCAGCGAGGCACUCUAUGCGCUGGGAAUUCCGACAACACGCGCGCUCGCACUUGUUGCCGGCGAUGAGACGGUGCUUCGCGACCCCCUGGGCGAUGGGCAUCCAGUUCCAGAGCGCACGGCCGUUCUGUUGCGAGCCAGUCCUUCUUGGCUGCGAUUUGGGUCGUUUGAGCGCUUUGCAGCCUUCGGCAGCCAACCGUCUAGACCAGACAUCCAGCGCCAACUUGUGCAAUUCCUGCAAGCGCACCACGCUCCUGAAUUGGUGCGCAAGGACGGCCAGAGCGUGGGGCUGAUGGGACGCAUCGCUGGGCGCGUCAGCCAGUUUCUCUCAGGCACCCUCUUCCAUGCUUCAUCGAAUGAAGAGCACUCGCAGCAAUUGUUUUCCAAGCGCACUCCGCCGACCACGUUUGAGCACCUGCGUCAGGGUUCGCCUUUGUUGCGGGCGUACCGAAUGGUUGCCGAUUUCGUCAGCCAAUUCAACUGGGCGCGGGUCUCUGAUGCCGGAUGGGCCGCGCAACUUUUGGCUGAGGAGGACCCUGUCGACUACAGCCGAUGGUUUGUCGGCGUUGUCAACAACACUGCUUGGCUGGUUGCGAACUGGCAAGCAUACGGCUUUGCGCAUGGCGUCUGCAACACGGACAACUUUUCCAUUCUUGGCCUGACGCUUGAUUAUGGACCGUUUGCGUUCAUGGAGGCGUAUAAUCCGGAUCUUCGACCCAAUGCUUCAGACGAGUCCGACAUGUACACUUUCAGUCAGCAGUCAAGCGUGGCGUACACCAAUUUGAUGUGGUUGGCGCAGGCGUUGGCCGAACUCAUUCCUGAACAAGAUCGCCGAACAGCCCUCGGCGCCUUUGCGCGACUCCAUGAAGAAUACUACUUGCAGGUCAUGCGACGCCGCCUGGGCUUGGACAAUGAAGAAGACAUUGACGCGCAUAUUGUGCAAGAGUUCAAGCGACUGCUCUUCCUGUCCAAGGCCGAUUAUUCGCUCAGCCUCCGCUUCCUUGCCGACAUUCGUGACACGCACGUCGCCAACAAAACGGUGCCCGAGCACGCGUGGGCGUUGAAGGACAUUGCUCAAGCCGAGCCCGAGGACUUUUACAGCUGGCUGAGCAUGUGGUACAAGCGCAUUCACCGCAACCACAAUCGCGAUCCCCUGGUGACUUUCGAGGCGAUGAAUGCCGUCAAUCCUCGGUACAUUCUCCGCAAUUGGAUGGCCCAGCAGGCCAUUGAGGAAUACCUCGGCGAUGGCAACUCGCAGUCCGUUCAGCGAUUACUCGACGUUCUGCAACAGCCGUUUGAGGUGAACGAUUGGGCCGAAGCGGCUGGCUACGCCUCGCGUCCUCCGUCCUGGGCUGCUGAAUUGCGGGUGAGUUGUUCUUCUUGAGAACAGGGUUCCGUCUGUUUUUGGUGUAUUUUUGGUGUGCUUGUCGAUUGUUGUCAAUCCGAAACAAAAAAAAAGAAAAGAAGAAGAAGAAGAAGAAAACAAAAAAGAG